ACCCACCUCGAAGUGGCCUCAAGCCCGUGUGAUCCACGAAACCCCAUAGGCGUGUCAAGAUCGUAAUUUUGCACACCAACACCAUUAUAUAACCAGACGCCAUGAAACGGGGAAAAAGAAAAUACAGAAAAAGAGAUUUGAGGCUAGAGGAGCUCUGCUGCUCGGUGGUCCUUUUACAAACCCUCAAAUUUAAGCAAUCUUAGCAAGCUGAAGGUGGUUAGGGAAUGCAGAGAGAUGAGAGGAGCAUCGCUGCACAAGCCUGAGCUAUCUGUACGUGCCAAGCGCUGCAUCGGCGGCAGGAAUUGCCACCGAAAACACGUAGAAGACGGGUGACCCAUUCGCCCCAGUUGUUUUUCGUAACUGUUAAAUUUUCAUCAAACACCUCAGCUUCAUUUUUUUAGUUAGUUUUAUUUUAGUCACUGUUACCAAUGGCGGAUGAAAAAGGCAGAGAUGGCUCCUCGUUGCUCCACGGCAAGUACGAGCUGGGCCGUCUUCUGGGUCACGGUACUUUCGCCAAGGUCUACCAUGCCAGGAACUUGAAGAGCGGGAAAAGUGUGGCCAUGAAAGUGGUGGGCAAAGAGAAGGUAAUCAAAGUUGGGAUGAUGGAGCAAAUCAAGAGAGAGAUCUCCGUCAUGAGGAUGGUCAAGCACCCCAACAUCGUCGAGCUCCACGAGGUCAUGGCCAGCAAGUCCAAGAUCUACUUCGCCAUGGAUCUGGUCCGCGGCGGCGAGCUCUUCGCCAAAAUCGCCAAAGGCCGGCUCAAAGAAGACGUGGCCAGAGUCUAUUUCCAGCAGCUGAUCUCAGCCAUCGAUUUCUGCCACAGCCGCGGCGUCUACCACCGGGAUCUGAAGCCGGAGAACCUCCUCCUGGACGAGGAUGGCAACUUGAAAGUCACUGAUUUUGGGUUAAGUGCUUUUUCCGAGCACUUGAAGCAAGACGGGCUUUUACACACCACUUGUGGCACGCCGGCUUAUGUUGCUCCGGAGGUGAUAGGCAAGAAAGGGUACGACGGAGCCAAGGCCGACCUCUGGUCUUGUGGGGUCGUUCUCUAUGUGCUUCUCGCCGGAUUUUUGCCGUUUCAAGACGAUAAUCUGGUGGCCAUGUAUCGGAAGAUUUACAGAGGAGAUUUCAAAUGCCCGCCCUGGUUUUCAUCGGAGGCCCGAAGGCUCGUGACGAAGCUUCUGGACCCCAAUCCCAGUACGAGAAUCACCAUAUCCAAGGUCAUGGAGUCAUCAUGGUUCAAGAAAUCGGUGCCGAAGAUCGUGCGGACGAAACAAGAGCAGGAAUUCGACGAGACGAGCGAGAAGAUAACGUGGAAGCAGACGGAGACGUUGAACGCGUUUCAUAUCAUAUCGUUGUCGGAGGGGUUCGAUUUGUCGCCGUUGUUCGAGGAGAAGAAGAGGGAGGAGAAGGAGGAGCUGCGUUUCGCUACGACGCUGCCGGCGAGCAGCGUGAUAUCGACGCUGGAGGAGGUAGCGAAGGCUGGCAAGUUCAGGAUCAAGAAGAGCGACUCUAUGGUGAGGCUGCAGGGGGAGGAGAGUGGACGGAAGGGGAAACUGGCGAUUGCGGCGGAGAUAUUCGCGAUGACGCCGUCGUUUCUGGUGGUGGAGGUGAAGAAGGACAAUGGUGAUACGUUGGAGUACAACCAGUUCUGCAGCAAGGAGCUGAGACCGGCGCUGAAGGACAUCGUGUGGAUGUCCCCAGAGGACAGUUCGACGGCUGAUUGAUUGAUAUAAGAAUUAAGAUUAUAAUUUGUUGUGAUUAUUGUUAUUGUUGUUGUUGUUGUUGUUUCAAUUAAUUAAGUUGAAAUUGAAACUGGGUGUCUGGGUCUGGGCUUUUGGGGCUCUGGGGCUCUGGGGCUUGUAGCCGAAGCCUAGCCACUCAUUAAGCAAGCAAGCUGUCUCUGGUUUGUUUUUGUUAUGGCUGUGUCUCUUCUGUUUGUGAUGGUGGAAGAAGUAAACUGUGAAUUGAUUUGUGAAAUUAGCGAAA